AUAAUUAAAUAUUACUUAGCUGCCCUCGAUAUAUCGGCUGCUUCCGGGUUGUUUGUUGGUUAUUUUUAUUCUCUGGGCGGCGAUUAUUAUUUACCUCCGCGAUCCAGACAAGCAAACGAAUCAAACUUGCUUAUAAAGCAAGUCACAAGCCGAGUUUCCGCCUCUGUUUCUCCGCGAUCUACUCCAGUAUUAUUUAUUCCCUUCAGCCAAAAAAUUAACCCCCCCCCCCUUCUCUCUGUGACGGGGCUGUGUCGAAUCCUAGCAUCUGUUCGGAGUUGCUGGUUUCCUGUUGACCAGCUCUCCGCGAAGUCGCAAUACCUACCAGAUGCCUCGAACACGAACCAAGUUCAUCUGGCCGCCGUCAACAAUGACAACGGAUACGGCGUCUAG